AUGAAGUGUUUUUUCGAGGUCAACAUGCUCACGGAGAUCAUCAAGACCGCCUCGGCAGUGCUGAUGCCUCCAGUGAAGCCUAUUCCAGGCGACAGCAUCCCUUUUGGUGUGUUUGAUUUCUCAGAUGAUAUAGGAGAUGUCUCCAACAACUAUAGCUCCAUUAGCAGCUACAUGCUCAAGCAUGCAGAUCAAUUUCUGCCAGAUUCCAAUCAGCCCAACAAUGUGGCCUUGCGACGAUGUCCCAGCAACCGCUUUGUGACGCUUGGUAGCUUGGUUCCAGGACCCCAGCAGCUGUGGCGUUCCGGGCCGGUGGCCUGGAAAUUCUCCAGUAUGGCGGAGCAGAUGAUUUCCUUCAUCCAGGGAGGACUGCUUGAAGGAAAACGUCCAGAGGGGGCCGAAUUCUCACCUGCAGAGUCAGUGAAUGUGCUGAUGGAGGCGCCGUUCUUUAUCAAAAUCGCUGGCAUGACUGGGAUGAAGAUCUUUCUACCUUGGUCGGUGCAAACCGCCUGCUUCCUUUAUCCCAUUCAGCUGAUCUCCCUCCUAUAUGAUCUCUUGGCAGAUUCGUUGUUGAGGAAUCCUGACUAUUUGUCCAUCGUAUCCGAUGUGGAUAUUUGGUCACAAUGGUUUCUGCUGUCCUUUCGCAACGAGAUGUUGCUUCCGGUGCUCUUGCAGGUCCUGCGAAUUCACAUCAGCAUCGACAACCUCAAUGCCUUCUUUCGCGGCUCCGAAGGGGCGCGCCGAGGACCGUGGCUUGUGGUGUGCCUUGGUUUUCGACGCAGACAGAUGGCUUUGGUCGCCGUGCUCCCGAAACUCCUGGUCUUUUUACCUGCGCUGCUCAUCACUUUCUUGAUCGGCCUGCUCCCCACGUGGAUUGCUGCCAGCUUGUUGGAGAAGACGACAGGCAAGACCUACUGGCACAAGGAUGGCCCACAGCUUUUUGUCUUGUAUGCCUUCGUUCUGCCUUCAGCGGUCCUUGUGAGCCGGCUCUUCUAUCACUUCUCCAGUGGGACCUACCUCUGCACCCACGCCAAGGCCAGUUUGAUGCCAAUUCACCAGGGGCAUUUGACCAUGGAUGCGCCCCUGCUGUCCUUCUUGGCAUCCAUGUUCUUCUGUUCUUUGGCUGUGGUUGUUCCACUGCGCUUUUUCAUGGCCUGGUUUCCGGAGACCUUUGGGAGGGGCGUGUUCUCCUUCCUGAGCCCCGCGGGGUUCUACAUUCGAUGGUUGGAGAAUCCCUUGUAUGACACCAGUAGCAUGCGAUUGGAUCCCGAAGCCUAUGAGGAGCACCAGCAGCACUUCGUGAAGUCCGAGGUGAUGGAGGAAUGCAGGUAUUGCAAACAUUUGAUCUCUUUGACCAGCAGUCACAGCACCAAAUGGCCAUCACAGGCCUUCAUCUAUGACGGUCUCCAGCAAUGCUGGGAGUUUCCAUGUCUGCAUGACUUCAUCUUCAACGCUCAACGGGGCGCCACCAGCCCUGCCGAGCUGCUGGGGGUCAUCCGACGCCUAAGGAGUCGGCACGCGCAUUGGCUCCAUGGAGCACUGGAUGAAGCUGAAGACUUUGCGGAGGGACUCCUGCAGGCUGAACAGCUUCGAAGGUCAGCUACGGUGAAGACCAAAGACUUCAUCAUCGUCAUCGAUGGGAUCUUUGGGAUGCACACCAAGAAGGCGCUAUUGAAUUUUCUUUCCCAUGAUGAAAAUCUGCCGAGAACACCGUCGAUUCGCGAGGGUCAGUGGGGCCAGGAGGGUAAGAGAGCGUUGCAGAGCUAUUUGAAGAGGACACCUGCCGCUGCAGUGUGCAUCGGGUUCGGGGGAAAAAUGUUUAGUGAAAUGGUUAUUGAAUGGUUUAGAUGA